CUUGACAAACAUGACACAAGUUGGCAAGACGGGACUUAAAUCUGACAUGGUAGUUGUGUACAUUUUUUCAUUUCAGCAAAAACUCCAACUGUACCGAGUGUCGUUUUAGCUGCUGGGGAAAAGCUCCGUCAUUUGCUUUGUAAAUUUAUUUAUGCUGCUGACGACAGUGCGUGUGUGUGUGUGUGUGUGUGUGCAUGUAUCAUUCAUGCCACAAAAGGGGAAGUAUUAAAGUGUGUCUUCACUUGGUCUCGGCACUCUUGAGCAACUAGCCGACCCGAUUCCUCCCGUUUAACAAGUCCCAAGAUGCUCUCCCUCAACACCUCCCUCAACAUCCCGGCGGUCAAGGCGAGUAAAGGAGGCGACAUGGAUACGCUCUCCAUCGUCCUCGGCGCGUUCACCAUCCUGCUUGGAAUUCCGGGCAACUCUAUUGUGAUCUGGGUGGCGGGAUUCAAGCUCAAGAAAAACGUCCUCAACGUGUGGUUGGUCAACCUGGCCGUGGCGGAUGUAAUCUUCUGCUUCACUCGAAUCUUCUCCCUGGUCAAGAAGCUCUUCUUGGACCACUGGCCCUUCGGCUUGUUCAUCUGCAAGUUCAACGGCUUCUUCAAGUACGCCAACAUGUUUUGCUCCGUCUUCAUGUUGGCUGUCAUCAGCCUGGACCGGGCCAUUUGCAUUUGGUUCCCGGUGUUCACCCGGCGCCACCGCACUGUGGGUUACGCCCGGGUGGUGGCCGUGUGCGUGUGGGCAGCAGCCUUGGUCUUCAGCAGCCCUUAUUUCUUCUACCGCCAAGUCUUCCUGUCGGCCAAGAACGUGACCAAGUGCACGAUCGAGGAGAUCAAGGACCCUGACGCCAGGAUGGCGCUCUACUUCAUCCGCUUCCUAUGCGGCUUCCUGCUGCCCUUUAUGGUCAUCCUGGCCUGCUAUAUUUUGGCCGGGGUGGGCAUCCGCCGGACCCGCUUGUCGGGUAAGGCGCGCCCCCUCCGGGUUCUGGCCCUGCUGGUGAUUGCCUUCUUCCUGUGCUGGGCUCCCUACCACGGCCUGCUGAUGCUCCGGAUGCUGGACAGCAAAAACUUGGUGGUCAACAAAUGGCUUUACCUCGCUAAGGGCGUGGCCUACUUCAACAGCUGCGUCAACCCGGUUCUUUACUUCUUUGUGGGUCUCAUGAUGAAGGGCCGGUCCAAGACGGGCAAGUCCUUGGCGGGCCUGUACAAGAGCGUUCUGGCUGACGAUGUGGACGGGGGGUCGGGGCAGAGUAAGGAAGACUCCGUGGGGAGCGAAUCCCAGCUGUGAUGAGGGGCGGGGGGCUAAAACAACUGAUGAUGUGUCGCUGCCUUUGUAUGUUCAAAUGUAAUAAAAAUGUCUUCUUAUCUACCAUACUGUCUUGUCCAAAAGGAAAAUAAAAGUGUGCUAUACUUCAGAGAGAAAUUAGCCGGACUUAGACGCAAAACAAAAGCGUAUGGCUCUGAAUGUAAACUUUUGUCAUAGCGCCGCCUACUGGACAAGAGACUGGCUGCUUUCAACAGGUUCAUCAUGGUCGCUUCCCCCCUCCUCUGGCUCCGCCUCUUAUGCAGGCCUAAAAUAUAUUUGUGGACCAACUUCAUACACGCUCGGUGAUGACAAGAGUCACUCACGGUCCUUUGAAUGUUAA